UGGGUCGCGGUGUGGUGAAGUGCUUGGUAAUAUGGAUGUAGUCAGGACGAGCCUCAAGUGUGCGCGAAGCGGAGGGCCCGGCUGGUUAUGUACUGCAUUGGGAUUCUCACCCGCGGGCCAAAAGCGACCGCAGCCUGACGGGGGGACCCUGCCGUGCACCCACCCCUUGUCCGCUAGACGUCCGCCCCCUGACACCCCCGAUGCGAUCCCUAAUCUAUGGGUCUGACUACGACACCCGCUAUAUUGCUGCCCGGGAGCGAGCGACUGGCGCCUCAGCCUCCACGCGGCGCUGAGUGUGCUGCGAGGGUGCUCGCUGCGCACGAUUCACAGGCACAGGCACAGGCACAGGCGCUGGCGCUGGCUGGCACUGGCACAUGCGAACAGGAGGGCAGCCUCGCCACUCGCCGUGCGUAUCCAAACGCCGUGUUUUGUUAUUGUCAGCGGUAAUAUUGGCGUCCAAGACGCUGCCUGCUCCCAUCCAAAUAUCCGACCCUGGCGAGCCCGCUGUGCCCUUUGCUGUGCCACGCUUGGGCAACGCAUCGCAGCGCUCUUCUGCGCGCACCCUGCCCAGCUGCGCAGUGUUCAGCACCCAUCGAUUCGUGCUAUCGUUUCGUGUAGCGUGUGUGCGCUCCUCGGCCCAGCUCUGCGACGGCCUCCCAAGGGACAGGACCUCGCGCUCCACUGCUCAUGAAGAUCCAACGUCAGGCAGCGUGGGCGCUCGUCAAUGCGCGCUGAAUGCAACCGGCCGGCCGUGUCCUGAGGGCUGUCCGUGGCCCCAGCGGCCUCCAUCCUUCGACGACGCGGGACGGCGGAGGCAGGCUCGCUCGGCCGCCGAGGACGAGAGCCCAAAGGACGCGCCUGUGCAUGCGCUGCGACGACUUGUCGGCCAACAUUCCCCUCAGCGCUUGCUCGCUCGCGACGUCUCUAGCUCCGCAGCUACACCGCGCCGGCGUCGCGGAAGGCGGACGAGUCUGGAGUGCUCCCGUCCCAGACGGGACGCAAGCGUACCAAAAUUUGGCUGCCCAACGGCUCGUCUGGUGGCGCUGGGAUGCCCUGCCCAAACGUCGCAACUCGAGUUGAGCCGCACCGCAAGAGCACGCUUGGGGCUCACCGCGAGCCCCUCGAGUGUUGCGGUAGGACCGCUCAGCAAUCUCCGCCUAGGAGAAAAAUUUUCUCGAUAAUGUCUCACAAAUUGUUACUUGGAUCAUGCUGCUGCUGGCGCCCAUGUUUACUUACCGCUACUCUGGACAUCGUGAGCUUUCAUCUCUCUUCGCUUUGUGUAUGGAUGACGGCGGCCCCGCUGCUGCACCUUCGCGCAGCCACCGCGCCCAUGAUUCGACGGCACGCCGAGAACAACACAGCGGACAUGCUGCGAUCUCCAGUGCGUGCAGCUGGGCUUGUCUUGAAGCAGGUUUCCUCGACCGCAGUCGAC